UCUCUCUCCAAUUGAGUAAAAAAACCCCUCACGCACACUCUCUCUCUCUCUCUCUCUCUCUCUACCCCAAACCUCUUUUCCACUCCCUCUCCCAAAUUCAAACCUCACAGAAGCCGCUCACACCAUCCCCCAAAUCCCAAUCCCUCCUCCUCCCUCUCAAAGAUUCAAUCUUUCUCCCCUUCUCCAUCUCCUCUCUCCUCUUUUCCCUUCAAUUCCCUCUUCUUCUUCAUCUUUAUACGCCCAAGAUCCAAGUUUUCCUCUUCCUCCCCACUCCCCACCCUAAUUUUCCCCUUGCCCAUCUCUUGUUUUGGGGUUUCUUUGGCGAUUUGUAGAGGUUUGUUGUGUGCUUUUGCCCCCUUUGGAUCUGUGGGGGCCAUGUUUGUGGCGCCCCGGUCGUUCUUGAAACCCUAGGCGGCGGAGGGGGCGGAAUUAGGGUUUCGGAGGAGAUGUUGGAGGAGGAGAGGAAGUGUAAUGGGGCGGCGGUGAAGGUCGAGGAUUCGGCCAGGGAGGAGGGGCUUAUCACUUACAAGAGGCGGAAGCGCCCAAGGCCGAGUCCCGAUGAUGGAGGGGCCUCUGACAAUUCCAACAGAAAGAGGGAAAGGGAUAUUGGGUGGGACCAUGCGAUGAUGGUCGAUGGAAACAGAUUGCACUGGCAAUGCAAUUGGUGUGGACUAACACGAUACAAUGGGGGUGUCUCUCGACUGAAGUGGCAUCUCGCUGGUGGCUUCGCGGUUCGUAAGUGCCCGAAUGUUCCGGAAGAAGUUUCUAGAAUGAUAAAGAACAAUCUCUUUAUGAAACGGAGGUCCAAGAAAAGGAGAUUGGAUAUAUCCGGUGGUACAGAUAAUAUGACAAUAUUAAAUUGUUGCAAUGGCGAUGCCGCGAAUGAUGAAAAUCAUUUGCCUGUUGACCUAGAGUUGCAGGUGGAAAGUACUGCUAGGGUUUCAAAGGGAGCCACUAGACAAUCCGAGGCUGACCAUGAUCCAACUACUAAGGGUAUGGAAGAUAUUACUGGCACAGUAUUAUCAAAAUGCCCUUACGAGCAAAAUGUUAAUGGUAGAACAAAUAGUAUAUGGAGCCACUGGAGAGAUGUUUUGAAAAACAUGCUGCAAUUACCAUCAAUAAGUGAUGGUGAUGGUAUAAAAAGCUGCAUAGAUGAUGCUCUUAAGUGUGGUCCUUCAGGAUUCACCAUGAAGCCUAACACAGCUAAUGGACCUAGGGUCAUAGAGAAUCAACAGGAUAGGUAUGAGGGGCAUUGUGAAGUAAAAACGAAUUCCGAAAGGCUAAAUAGUUCCAUUAGUUCUGCCUCAGAUGGAUCAAGAGAUGGCAAUCAAGUAGAUGCUAAUGCUAAUACUAAUACUACAAAGUGCAAGAAUGCUUUUGAAGAUAUAUUACGUUCGGAGAAGUUUGUCUUAUUAUGUGAUUUUCUUUACAAAGUUUUCCCAGAUAGCAAAAGCAAAACAUACUUUGAUUUUAGCCUAAUCAAUUCAAAGAUGAAAAAUGGGGAUUACGGGCGAUCACCAGAAUCAUUCAAUCAAGAUAUCCAAAAGGUCUGGGAGGAAAUGCAAAAAGCUGGUCAGAACAUAAUUCAUCUAACAAGCAGCCUCUCAAGUGUGUCGAGGGCUUCUUAUCAGAAGCAGAUUGAUGGAGAUUUGGAACUUGGGGCGGGUGAACACAAGUCCAAGGAGAACUGUGUUGUUGAUUUGGAACCGAAGAACUCCUUGGAGUCACACACGACCGUGCAGUUCACUUCCUGCAAUUCAGACCCAUCCACUAAGCUGGAUCAAACUGAUGCCUCCGUCCCGUAUAAAAUUUUCUCAUGCAAACACUGUGGUCGAGAAGCUAAUGGUGAGCAAACCCUCAUGUGUGAUGGGUGUGAAGAGAUGUACCAUUUAUCAUGCAUUCAGCCCCCAAUCAAACCAAUCCCGACCCGUAGUUGGUACUGCAUGGUCUGCCGCACUAAUAGUAUACAGUUCAAGUCCUGCAAUGUGGACCCAUCUACAAAACCAGAUCAAACUGAGGCCUCCGGCCUAUACAAAAUUUUGCCGUGCAAACAGUGUGGCCAAGAAGCUAAUGGCGAUCGGAGGCUUAUUUGUGAUGGAUGCGAAGCAAUGUACCAUUUCUCAUGCCUCCAACCGACUGUCAAAUCAAUCCCGACUAGGAGUUGGUACUGCACCACCUGUCGUCCUGUUCAGAAGGAAUCGCCCAAAUCUCAUCAAGACAGCUUGCAUGAGAAUUGUGUGGUUUGUGAUCGCCUUGAGGUCUCCGAAACUGUGGAAGCCAAUGAGAAUGGAAGCGUGAGAGAGGGCUCAGAACACUCUAGUUUGGAGUCCAAGGACCCUCCGGGACUUUCUAGAAAUGCUCUCUCUCGCUUGUGCAAGCUAUGCGGAGCGUGUGAAGACGACGACAAGAGAUUUCUAAUCUGUGGCCACGUUCACUGUCCUUACAGGUACUACCACAUAAGAUGCCUAAAGACUUCCCAAAUUGCUAGCGAGGCGCAACGAAAUAAGCCCUGUUGGUAUUGCCCUUCUUGCCUAUGCCGAGCUUGUCUCUCUGAUAAAGAUGACGAUAAGAUUGUGUUAUGUGAUGGUUGUGAUGAGGCGUACCACAUAUAUUGCAUGGAACCACCUCGGAGUUCUGUGCCCAAGGGGCUAUGGUAUUGUAUUCCGUGCAACGUGGCAAGGGCAAAGGAGGGGAUGAGGAAGUAUGAACAGAUGAUUUUACAGCAACAUAGAAAGAAUGAUUUUAAUAAGGUAGGUUACGAGACUAACGGGUCGGUGGAUUUGCUGCUUAGUGCUGCGGAGAAGUUGAAGUUUGAGGAGCACAUCAAUGGCAAGUAGAGAUUUAAGGUGGGUACUAAGGCCUGAAACAUUGCUGUUUAAGUCCGAUAAAACUGGAGGAUUUUUUGAUUGGAUUAGGCUGAGUUUUGUCUCACCUUUUCCAUGUACUAAUAUUGUACAAUGUUGGUAAGGUAAUGGUGUAUGGUGGGAGAAGAAUAUGCAGCUGGAUAAAAUCUCUGAAGAAUCUUGGCAGAAUUUGUAUUUUGUGUAUUCAUUUUACCAAAAAUGUUAGAAAGCAGAGUAGAAAGUUGCAGGUGUUUCUUCCUUUUUUUUUUUCCUCUUAUUUCUUUUGGGUUUAAUUUUGCUAGUGCUGUUCAUCAGUUGUAAUGCCCUUGAAGCAACAUUUUGUUAGGGCAUUUCCCCUUAUGAAAUUCCCAGUGUAUUAUGUGUUUCUUUAUGAGAAAGAAUUACUGGUCAUGUACCUCCUGGUCACCAUGCUGUAGCAUUACUACUACUACAUACAUUCAUCACGGAUGUACAAAUAAUUCAAUUUUGUUGUGAAAGUAUGUGACCGCAUUAUGUUCCUUUUUACCAA